AUGAACAAGGCCGAAAUCGCGGCAAUAUGUCAGCAGGUUCUCUCCGGGCUCUCCUUCAUCCACAUGGAACUCGGAAUUACCCAUGGCGCCAUUAACACUGAAAAUGUGGGAUUGAGCGGAACGGGCAUUGGUAAAGCCAAAGGAAUGCGUUGCACCACUUCUGGUGCUGAGCUCGAUGAUACUUUGGGCGAUAUGGUUGCAGGAUUGAUGAUCGGAUCGGCAGGAAGUCACAUUUUUCUGCAAUUUUCCACAGGGGUUGACUGUCUAGUUCCACAUGUACGGGUGGCAGUGAGGAAUGGGAUGUUCGCAUGGCGUUUGAUAGCAGCAAGUUAA